AUGGAGGCGCUCAAGUGUAAAAGUGUGGAGAGCAUUCUUACAGAGAGAGAUAUAAAGAGCAUCGUUCACAGAGCGGCAUCACACGAAUGGACGAUACUAGGGUAUGAUAUAAAAGUAGCCGGGCAGGGGCUGUCCGGUUUCUUGGGAGACCACUUUAGGUUGACCGUUCACCUCGAGAGUGGCGAUUUCACGAAGAAGCUGCACCUCUUUGCAAAGUUUCUGCCGCUUCUGAAUAAACCUAAAGCAGAGUUUAUCGGUGAAUAUAAUUUUUUUAAACGAGAGAACCUCCUUUACAAGUUAUUUGAGGAAAUUGGCGUCGCAAACGAACUGAAACCAUGGUGUCCAAAAGCUUGGAUACACACGGAUAGCCUCAUUGUUAUGCCUGAUUUGUCGAUUGAAGGCUACAAGUCUAUUUCUCAUCACGAAUGUUUGGACUUACAGCACGUCGCGGUCGUUGUAUCGUCCUUGGCACGAUUCCACGCCAGCUUCGCGUGCUUUGAAGCCAAAAGAGACAUUAUUCAUCACCAACGAAACAGUUUUUACAAAGACCAUAUAAGCGUGUUGAAGGAGUCGCCACAUUUCGACGCACCUUGGACCGCAUCAUGGCUUCGUGCCGCCGCAAAGUUAUCUUUUAAUUUAAUUCAAGCGUUUUCUAACAAAAUCCAGAAAAAUAUUGACGAUCUUGAGGAAAAACUUACGCACCUUUUCUUUAAAGCCUGUGAGGACCUCGAGCCCAGUAAAGAUAGCUUGAAUGUAAUUAUUCAUAGAGAUCUGUGGAUUAACAAUAUUCUUUUCCGAUACGAACAGGGGCACCCAUCAGAGGCUGUGUUGUUGGACUUCCAAUGUGUAAGGUACGCUCCACCCGCGCUCGAUCUCAUGAUAUUCCUAUAUUUGACUACGUCUAAAGAGUUUCGAAGAGCUCACGAAAAGGAGAUAUUUAAUCAGUAUUAUACAGUUUUCACUCAGCAUCUAGAUGAUACAGUGAAGAGUAAGUUAAAAGAUUAUAACUAUGGGAGGUGGGAUUUCUUCAACUGGUGCGAGCGGGCCCGUAUGUUUGCAAUGGUUCAGGCAAUGGCGAUAUUUCCCUUCACGCUCAUGAGUCCAUCCUUGGCUCAGAAAACUUUUGACAACCCCGAUACGUUUACGAAGCUCAUGGAUGAAGACAGGAGUGAGCCGGUGCUGGCAUUCGCCCGGGAAUGUACGGUUUACAGAGAGAGACAGUUACAAGUUUCGGAAGAAUUCGUAGAGAGAUAUAUUUUGAAACCUUUGUAG